CGGAAAUAUACUGCAGCUCGACAUCAGGAGAGCCAGUCCACCUUAGAGAAGAGAGCUCGGUGUGAAAGCGGUCCGUUUCAGCACCUCGGACAGCGACCAUGGCUCCAGUGGUAGAGGAAGGAGCUCAGCUCGUGGCAGUGCCAGCAGGUGUUGCUGUGGUGAGUGUCUUUGGCCUUGUCUUCACUGUCUCAGCCUUUGCAUGGAUCUGUUGCCAGCGUAAAAACACCAAAUCCCAGAAGACACCUCCCUACAAGUUUGUGCACAUGCUCAAAGGGGUUGACAUCUACCCGGAGAGCCUGAGCGGCAAGAAGAAGUUCGCUGCACCUGCCACCACGACAAAUAAUGACACCAGCAAAACCGACGUUAAUGGAAACUGUCACACUGCAUCACUAAUGAGUCCGACCCGCACCGGUAAAGUGGCAUCUAGUCCAAACGAUUCCAGAACGGCUCUGCAUCUGGAUCUGGAGAAACGGGAUUUGAAUGGCAACUUCACCACCAAACCAUUUCAUCACCACCACCAGAAGGUGCGGAGUUCUCCGGACCUGGAGCUGCCCUCUCCCCAUGCAGGGUUCACCCAACCUGGGGUGAUGGACCGCCGUGAUCUUCCUUCACCAUCCAGCACCCUCUCAAGCCAGGCGCCCACCCCGGCUGUGGACAAGCCCCAAGGAGAGGAGAGGGAAGGUGGGCUAGGGACCCUCCACUUCUCCUUGGAGUACCAGCCAGAGAGGAAGGCGUUCAUUGUCCAUAUCAAGGAAGCUCAUGGCCUGACCCCAACUGAUGAGCAGUCUCUGACCUCUGACCCUUACAUCAAGCUGACCCUGCUGCCUGAGAAAAAGCACCGGGUGAAGACCAGAGUCCUGAGGAAGACUCUGGACCCCGCCUUUGACGAGACCUUCAGCUUCUACGGGAUCCCACUGGCCCGAGUGUCGGAGUUGGCCCUUCACUUCAUGGUGCUGAGCUUUGAUAGGUUCUCCCGUGAUGAGGUCAUUGGAGAGACACUUGUACCCUUGUCUGGGAUUGACUUAUCGGAAGGGCGUGUCCUGAUGAGCCGAGAGAUCAUCAAGAGGAAUGUCAAGAAGUCCUCCGGCCGAGGCGAGUUACUGCUCUCCCUGUGUUACCAGUCCACCACCAACACUCUGACCGUGGUCGUCCUCAAAGCUCGGCACCUGCCCAAGACCGAAAACAAUGGACCUACAGAUCCGUACGUCAAGGUGAACAUGUACCAUGGAAAGAAGCGUGUGUGCAAGAAGAAGACCCACGUGAAGAAGUGCUCCCCCAACCCGGUCUUCAACGAGCUCUUUGUCUUUGAUCUGCCCUCCGACGAGGGCCUGAGGGACACCAGCGUGGAGCUGUUGCUGAUGGACUCAGACACAGGCAACUCACGCUGCCCCAACACCAUCCUUGGGCGCCUGGUGCUGGGCACGUCAGUGGCGGGCACCCCCGGCGAGCACUGGAGGGAGAUCUGCGACCACCCGCGUCGCCAGAUUGCCAAGUGGCACGCCAUGUCGGAGGAUUAG